AUGAAGAUUAACAGUCGCGCCUUUAUCAUCUACCUCAUGAGUCACAUAAAAGUCAUUGAUGCCUUGAACUCAUAUCUCUGUCAGGAUGGUUUCACUAUUACCCCUCAAAUGCUCUCAGAUGCAUUGCGUAGAGAUUGGAAUAGUAAAUACACAAGAAUGCACAUCGAAUAUGGUAGAGCACAAAGGCGUUUUCUAAUUGAUCAUUGUGAGGGUGGUUGUAAUUUUAAGCAGCCUGUGGUUUACUCAGUCAUUGCCGACCGAAAUAGGAGGAUAAUAAGAGUUCAAAUGAAGUCAUAUGGCUUUUAUAAAAAUUGUACGGAGAUAAUUUAG